AUGGUCUCCAGCAGCUCACCUGGCAAUGGCAUCACGGGAGGUUAUUCGGGUGAGAGCCUAGGCAUCCAGAUCACCAUUGCGACGCUUACGGGAAUCACUUGGUACAACGCCGUCGAACUCAUUGCCCUUGUGUUUGUCACUUUCAGUGACUAUCGAGGCUUGUACUUUUGGAGCUUGUUGAUCUCGUCGGCAGUGGGACUCAUCCCGUAUUCGCUUGGAUUCCUGCUCAAGUUCUUCAACCUAACCUCCGCAACAUGGCUAUCCGUCACCCUCAUCACCAUUGGCUGGUACUGCAUGGUCACUGGCCAGGCCGUCGUUCUAUACUCGCGGUUGCACCUCGUCGUUCCUAAUCAGCGCAUCCUUCGCCGAGUGUUGGCCAUGAUUAUCAUCAAUGUCUUCAUCCUACAUGUCCCUACCACCGUCCUCACUUACGGCUCCAACCUCGCGGCAGGACGACACGGCUACAUCAGCGGGUACAACGUGAUGGAGAAGAUCCAGAUGACCGGCUUCUGCAUUCAGGAAUUCAUAUUGUCCGCCUUGUACAUUUCGGAAACAAUUCGCAUGCUCCGUCUCGACCCGGACAAGGGGAAACGCAAGAUCAUGUAUCAGCUCGUCACAAUCAACUUUAUCAUCAUUGUGAUGGACAUUGGCCUCCUGGUGGUGGAGUACAUGGACUACUAUAUCAUGGAAACAAUGAUCAAGGGCGUCGUUUACAGCGUCAAACUGAAGCUCGAGUUCGCGGUCCUCGGUAAACUCGUCUUCCUCGUCCGCAGCCACAUUUGGAAACAGGAAUCUGUGAGCGGCCCACCCCCGGACCUCCCAGAUUUUGUCGAUGCCACAAGAGUUACCUCGGAUCUCACGCACGCGACUCCCACUGCCAGACAGCGCUCCCACCCGUUCAUGGACGAGGACGACGUCGACAUCGCCAUGUUUGAACACUCGGGUCCUCCGCGCGAAUCAGGAACAGGCCACUCGGAGAUCUCCCAUGCCCUAAGCGGCGAGACGCAGACGAAUAACCCUCCAUGCAUCGAACGAGACUUUACCGAAUCGCCAAAGCGCUUGCCAAUUCUACAUAUCAAGGGACCAGCGUGCACAGGAUGA